CGGCUCUUGGCAGUCAUGAAUCGAGAAGAGCAUUAUUACGCCUCAGCGCAGCUGUUCAAAGACCCUUGCGCCUUCCAGCGACCCCAGAGCGAGGACUACAAUCACAGUCCGCCGCCAUGUCUCUACAUGGGCAGACAGGCCCAGUCCAUCUACACUACGCCGACCAUAGGCGUUUUGGAGCAGGCGAGCAUUCCUGACAUUGGUCCUUACAGCAUGCCCAUGCGGGACGAUCCGGGCGUACCCCAGCUCCACCAUCCUCAGACGCCCCACCAGGCUCUUACUACGUCAAGCGCUUAUGGAGAGCCCGGGGAACUGGCUUUAUGUGGCGAUAGAAACCGAUACCACCUCCCUUUCCCUUGGAUGAAAACUACCAAGUCUCACGCACACACCUGGAAAGGACAAUGGCCAGGGCCUUAUAUGAUGGAGACCGAGGAGAACAAGCGCACACGGACAGCGUACACACGCGCCCAGCUGCUGGAGCUGGAGAAAGAGUUCCUCUUCAACAAGUACAUUUCCCGACCACGUAGGGUGGAGCUGGCUCUGACCCUGAGCCUCACCGAGCGACACAUAAAGAUCUGGUUUCAGAACAGAAGAAUGAAGUGGAAGAAGGAGGAGGACAAGAAGCGGGUGCGAGGGAUGGACCCUGACCAGGAUUCCUCCAUCACCUCCGGGGAUCUGAAGGACGAGGGCAGCCUCGGAGCCACCAUGGGAGCCUCCUACACCCCUGCUCCCAACACCUCUCCCUCCUCGCCCCUACACAGUCGCACUCUCCCAGGCUCCAGAGACCCAGCCUAGCUUCAGAAAAGAUUGCUGGGAGAGUGGCACUUAUUCUGUAAACUCAGACAGCAAAUGUACGGAACACCAUCAUCUACAGGGACAUAUUCUGGGAUUUUACCAUCCUAAAGUCUGAAUUCUUGACUCAAUCUUUUAUUUUUUUUAAUUUGUGCUGAGAUCUAGUGGACACCAAGAGACAAUUACAGGACAUUGGAAGCCACAGUGAAGCCACAUUGGGCCAUGACUGUUUCCUGCCACCUCACUUCAUUUCCAGAAGAGGGCAGCAUCAGAGUACUCCACUGAGGACCCCCUCAGGGUUUUACAGAUGGCAAAACAUGCAGUUAGAGCUACUGUUUUAAUAAACAAAAUGCACUUGUAUGAGAGUAUAAGACUUUAUUAACAUGCUCUGAAUUGUACAAUCAUGUUUAAUUUAUGUAGUGUAUAAAUAUUGGCAGUGCACAGAGCCAAUUGUGGCCUUUGUUAUGUUAAUCAACUGGGCCUCUGUUGUAGAGAA